UUUUUUCAACAAAAAACCAAUACCAUUUUCACGUGCAAUGUGCUGUAGAUAAUUUGUUUCAUAACAAGGCCUUUAAAAGCUCAGUUUCUCCAUCCAUACAAGACCCAAAAAGCAGAAAGCCUUUCUUCUUUUUGGGUGGUUUCUGUGCUGCAACUCUUCUCUCUUUGUGUUGCAUUUAAGAGGGAAAAGGGAAGAAGGAAGAAAUACACUGCGUUUCUGAAAAGAAAGAAAGAGUGCGAAAGAGAUGGCAUUAGAGGCUGCAGUCUUUCAACAAGACUGGUUUGGCCACAGCAGCAAAGAACUCUACAAUUUUCCAGGUGGGAAUUGGAGCUAUGACUUUGGCCUAGACCAAAAUGAAGAAGAUCAAGACAAAAGCUGCUCUUCGUAUUUUCUCGAGAACCAAACAGAAACAUUUCUUCAUGGGGAUUGGAACCCUUUGCCGCCACCUGAUUCCAUGGUGCCUCCGUUCAGUGAUUUGCAAUUAACUUGUAGCAACAUUCCAUCCUUAUCAGAAGCUAGCAUUAAUGCAGCAAAUGGAUUAAUGAGUACUACUCCAACUAGUGAUCAUCAUCACCACUUGGGUGAAUCAUCAGCAAUGCCUGCUACUCGUGUUAAGAGAAGGAGGUCAAGGUGUAAGAAGAACAAAGAAGAGAUUGAGAAUCAGAGAAUGACUCACAUUGCUGUAGAGAGAAACCGAAGAAAGCAAAUGAAUGAGUAUCUUUCAGUUCUGAGAUCUUUAAUGCCUGAGUCCUACGUUCAAAGGGGUGAUCAAGCUUCAAUUAUUGGAGGCGCCAUUAAUUUUGUCAAGGAGCUUGAACAAAAGUUACAAGUUCUUGGUGCCUGUAAAGAAAUGAAAGAAAAACCAAAUGGUGAUGAUCAGCAACAUGUUUCUUCACUGCCUUUCUCUAAAUUCUUUAUAUUUCCACAGUACACAACAAGCUCAAUUCAUUGCGAAAGCUCGGCUGGCAAGGAUGAAAAACUGAUGAAGUCUCAAUCUGCUAUAGCUGACAUAGAAGUGACCAUGGUGGAGAGUCAUGCGAACCUCAAAAUAAGAUCGAAAAGGCGGCCGAAACAGCUCUUGAAGGUUGUUUCUGCUCUGCAUAGUAUGCGGCUCACUGUUCUUCACCUAAAUGUCUCAACAGUUGAUCAAAUUGUGCUUUAUUCUCUAAGUGUCAAGGUAGAAGAUGAUUGUAAGCUGAGUUCUGUGGAUGAGAUUGCUACAGCUGUGUAUCAGAUGCUAGGUAGGAUUCAAGAAGAGUCUAUGCUGAAUUGUUAGAAAGUUUACUAUUAAUUUUCCUUUGUGAUUGGCCCUCUUUUUGCCUCGACAUACCAUAUGCGGGCAAUUUCUGCAUUUUUUGGCAGUCUCUGAAAGGCUUAUUGCAACUAAUGUCUUUGCUAUUUUAUCCUUAGUGUAGCUUUCUCUAGUUGGUCUAAUUUGGAUGUUUCUGUUCCUUUGUUUUGUAACUUUUUUUUACCCUUUCUUUUUGUAGUUAUCUUAGAGCAUCUUGUGUAUGAGCCAUACAUAAAUGCUUGGUCAAUUCAAACCUUCUUUAAUGUCU